ACUUUCUUAGGCCGUUUGGUGUGGAACCCAACCCCCUUCCAAAUGAUUUAGAAUUAUUAAAAUAUACACAGUAAGAGACAGUAACCUUCACUACGUCAGAAUAUCAGGGAUCCAGUACUGUAAUUCGGAAGAAUUAUUGCCGAAGCGUGCGAUGAAAUGACAACGUCUACAUUACAGAAAGCGAUCGAUCUCGUUACCAAAGCCACCGAAGAGGACAAGGCCAAGAACUAUGAGGAGGCCCUGCGUCUGUAUCAGCACGCGGUCGAGUACUUCUUGCACGCCAUCAAAUACGAGGCGCACAGCGAUAAGGCAAAGGAGAGCAUCCGGGGGAAGUGUGUGCAGUACCUGGACCGGGCGGAGAAGCUGAAGGACUACCUGAAGAACAAGGAGAAGCAGCAGACCGGGAAGAAGCCUGUGAAGGAGGCGCAAAACAAUGACAAGAGUGACAGUGACAGUGAGGGUGAAAACCCAGAGAGAAAGAAACUGCAGGAGCAGCUGAUGGGUGCCAUCGUCAUGGAGAAGCCUAACGUCAGGUGGAGCGAUGUGGCCGGACUGGAAGGAGCCAAAGAGGCCCUGAAGGAGGCAGUCAUCCUGCCAAUCAAAUUCCCACACCUUUUCACAGGUAAGCGCACUCCGUGGCGGGGGAUCCUGCUCUUUGGUCCUCCUGGGACAGGGAAGUCUUACCUGGCCAAGGCUGUCGCCACAGAGGCCAACAACUCCACUUUCUUCUCCGUCUCUUCCUCCGACCUCAUGUCCAAGUGGCUGGGAGAGAGUGAGAAGCUGGUGAAGAGCCUGUUUGAGCUGGCCCGGCAGCACAAGCCCUCCAUCAUCUUCAUCGACGAGGUGGACUCGCUCUGCGGCUCCAGGAACGAGAACGAGAGCGAGGCGGCACGCCGGAUCAAGACCGAGUUCCUGGUGCAGAUGCAGGGUGUGGGCAACAACAAUGAUGGGAUCCUUGUCCUUGGAGCCACCAACAUCCCUUGGGUCCUGGAUGCCGCCAUCCGCAGGAGGUUCGAGAAGCGAAUCUACAUCCCCCUGCCGGAGGAGCCGGCGAGGUCGCACAUGUUUCGGCUGCACCUGGGGAACACGCCGCACAGCCUGGGCGAGGGAGACCUGCGAGAGCUCGCCAGGAAGACCCACGGCUACUCCGGCGCCGACAUCAGCAUCAUCGUACGGGACGCGCUGAUGCAGCCCGUCAGGAAGGUGCAGUCUGCCACACACUUUAAAAAGGUACGAGGGCCGUCACGCAGCAACAGCUCGUCGAUGGUGGACGACCUCCUGACCCCCUGUUCCCCUGGUGACCCCGAAGCCGUAGAGAUGACCUGGAUGGAUGUGCCAAGUGACAAACUGAUGGAACCCAUAGUGUGCAUGUCGGACAUGCUGCGCUCUCUGGCCACCACGCGCCCCACGGUGAACACUGAAGACCUGCUGAAGGUGAGGAAGUUCACCGAGGACUUCGGACAGGAAGGCUGAGCGGGGGCGGGCCCACAGCGGUGCCGUCUCAAAGUGGGCCGUCCGUCCGUCCACACCCGGGACAGAAGGAGCCUUUCACCUGACGUAGUUUUCAUCAGACCGUUGUCCUCUCCUGGUUCACAGACCGACAGACUCUCUACACUCCUUUGACCUGUAGGUAGUUAUUUAUUUUUGAGAAUGAUAGGAGUGGUUAGUUUUGUGUGAGUGAGAGUGAGAGUGAGAGUGAGAGUGAGAGUGAGAGUGAGAGUGAGAGUGAGAGUGAGAGACUGAGUGUGAGAGAGAGACUGAGUGUGAGUGCUCCUGGACCAGAAGUGUCCCAGUGACACAUCAAUUUGUCCCAUUAAUUCCGUUCAUGAAUCACAUAUGGGACUAUUGCUGACUAUUUAUCAAUCUGUCCGAUUCCGGUCCAAAAUCAGACAAGCAGUGUUACUUACUUAUUUAUAUUAUUUAUUUGCUUUUAAAGCAGGAUCACUACAUGAAAGCUGAAGUGUGAAAGUACUCUACUAAAGACUGAGCUACUGAACUAACAUCAUAACCCGACUCUUCAUAACCGCAUUGUAGAACGACUGCAUUUAUGUUCAAAAAACGCAAAGGUACUUACUGGUCUCCCUAGUGAUGGGACAGUGAGGCUUCAUGAGUCCCGUUGUGGGUGGAGCUUCUUUGCCAUCAGUAACUGGUACAAACCAAUCAAUUGCUUUCCAUAGCAAAGACUGUAAUUGGGUCACUUAUAAAGCAAUAGCUCCACCCACUUUCAGGGACAGCACACUCCUGAUUGGCUGUCCCAGAAUUAGCCUUAAAGGUAAAAUGUCCUAUGUAGAAGCCUCAAUCUGCUAUCACUAACUGAGACGUUGUGUGGAGUAGUUCUGACCGGCAAAUUCCGCCAUUUGUGCCAUUCGACCGUCCUCUCAUUUGCUCCAACACUCGUCCUGCUGUGUCUGUACAAUGACAUUUAAUGGCACCUUUAUGUCCACCGAGACCAUUCUCGCUAUGGCGACCAGCGUAGCCUCAUUAAACUCGCUGAAUUCUAAAA